GUGAAACCUUGUACGUAAUAAAUAAUGAGGGUAAUAGAAGGUAAGACUGGACAACUGUAAUUGUCUCAAGGAAAGUGUUCAGGGAGGCCAGCUCUUUUGUUACUUCCUCAAACAGCCAGCACAAUGGGGAAAGUAAAGGAAAUGUUCCAUAAAAACCUUGAAAUGGGAACCAGAAAACCUAAGCCAUAAACUUGGGGAAAUGACACACAGGGAAACAAAUGCAACAGAAAAGAACGCCAUCCAUCAUAACCUAGGAUGCAUGAAAGGCAAACAUUUCCUAGAACUGCAGUUUUACAAGGUGUGUGCAGAGAUCAGUUGUGUUCGUCUGUCACCAUGAUUCGCAAGCAGCUCCCUGAAAUGGUGUUGCUGCUGUUGGCUUCAUCUACUAUCUUUUCCCUAGAACCAAAACUGAUUCUCUUCCAAUCAAGAAUAAACAGCGAAAGUUUACAACUACUGAAAGCUUUUCCAAUCUCAUCAAUCCAGCAGUGUCUAGCACACAGGAAAAGUUUCUUGCUUCCUCAGCAGUCUGCGGGUCAUCAGCAGUACCAGAAAGAACAUGCCCUGGCUGCCCUGCACGAAAUCCUUCAACAGGUCUUCAUCCUCUUCCAGACCUACGCUUCUCAGGGCGUUUGGGAGGAAAAGCAUAUAGAGAAAGUGCUGGCUGCGCUCCACAGACAGCUGGAAUACGUACAGUCACAAGCCGGACUAGAAGCAGAGCAGAAGAGUGACGGCUUGAGUGUGCAGAACCUCAGGUUACAGAUUAAGGCAUACUUCAGGAGGAUCCACAGUUACCUAGAAAGCCAGAGGUUCAGCAGCUGUGCCUGGAUCGUUGUCCAGGUAGAAAUCAAUCGCUGUAUGUUCUUUCUGUUCAGACUCACAACAUGGCUGAGCAAACAAGGGCUAGACCCUUGAACACUGAAGCAAGAGCUGACGGUGUCAGAGCGGGAGGAGAUAUAUGAGCAUUAUUUACCCUUUCGGGGUAAAAUGGCUACAUGGUUUUGUUUCUUCACGUGUUUUAACUGCGUCUUAAGAUUGCAUGAAUUAGCCACAGUAA